CGGCGGCUGCCGAGCCGGCGGAGCAGCGCGGCCGGAGCGCGGCGUGCUUAGAGCCGAGGCGGCGGCGGCCGGGAGUGAGAGGCACCUUCCCCGCCCGGGAUGUGAGGACCCGCGGAGCCCGGGGCGGGGGGAGGGAAGGGCUGGGAGGCGAAGCCGGCAGGAAGGAAGGAAGGACGGACGGACCAGGAGGAGGAGCGGCGGCGGCGGCCGGAGCCGGAAGGCGGGGAGGGGCCGUCCGUUGGGCCCGAGGCGGCGGCCGGGGCGGACCGCGCUGGUCGCCUCCGCGGGGCAAGAGCGGCCGGGCCCGCGCCUCCUCCCCCCAGCACCGCGGAGGGGGGAGGAGGAAGAUGGAGACCCACAUCUCGUGUUUGUUCCCCGAGCUGCUGGCCAUGAUCUUCGGCUACCUAGACGUGCGGGACAAGGGGCGCGCGGCGCAGGUGUGCACGGCCUGGCGGGACGCCGCCUACCACAAGUCGGUAUGGCGAGGGGUGGAGGCCAAGCUGCACCUGCGCCGGGCCAACCCGUCGCUGUUCCCCAGCCUGCAGGCCCGGGGCAUCCGCCGUGUGCAGAUCCUGAGCCUCCGCCGCAGCCUCAGCUACGUGAUCCAGGGCAUGGCCAACAUCGAAAGCCUCAACCUCAGCGGCUGCUACAACCUCACCGACAACGGACUGGGCCACGCAUUUGUGCAGGAAAUCGGCUCCUUGCGUGCCCUCAACCUGAGCCUCUGCAAGCAGAUCACCGACAGCAGUCUGGGCCGAAUAGCCCAGUACCUCAAGGGCCUGGAGGUGCUGGAGCUGGGGGGUUGCAGCAAUAUUACCAACACCGGCCUUCUGCUCAUCGCCUGGGGUCUGCAGCGCCUCAAGAGCCUUAAUCUCCGCAGCUGCCGCCACCUCUCGGACGUGGGCAUCGGGCACCUGGCCGGCAUGACGCGCAGCGCGGCGGAGGGCUGCCUGGGCCUGGAGCAGCUCACGCUGCAGGACUGCCAGAAGCUCACGGAUCUUUCUCUAAAGCACAUCUCCCGAGGGCUGACAGGCCUGAGGCUCCUCAACCUCAGCUUCUGUGGGGGCAUCUCAGACGCAGGCCUUCUGCACCUGUCGCACAUGGGCAGCCUACGCAGCCUUAACCUGCGCUCCUGCGACAAUAUCAGUGACACAGGCAUCAUGCAUCUAGCCAUGGGCAGCCUGCGCCUCUCGGGGUUAGAUGUGUCCUUCUGUGACAAAGUGGGGGACCAGAGUCUGGCCUACAUAGCCCAGGGGCUGGACGGCCUCAAGUCCCUCUCCCUUUGCUCCUGCCACAUCAGUGAUGAUGGCAUCAACCGCAUGGUGCGGCAGAUGCACGGGCUGCGCACGCUCAACAUUGGACAGUGUGUGCGCAUCACGGACAAGGGCCUGGAGCUGAUUGCUGAGCACCUGAGCCAGCUCACUGGCAUAGACCUGUACGGCUGUACCCGGAUCACCAAGCGCGGCCUGGAGCGCAUCACGCAGCUGCCCUGCCUCAAGGUACUCAACCUGGGACUCUGGCAAAUGACGGACAGUGAGAAGGUCAGGUGAGGGCGGCAGCACCAGCUCCCCUUGUCCUGCCCUGUACACCCUCCCUUCCCACCACCGGCCCCCACACACCCACUCGCAUAUUUAGACAUAGUUCAUGGCGAUGGCUGAGACAGGGCAGCGACAUGAAGCCCAAGCUCAGUUCUCCUCCUCCGACGCCCCUCCCUGCUACCAGCCCCUUUCCAUUGCCUUCGGGGUUCCUCUUCUACCACUGCCCUAUUUUCCUCUCCUUUUCCCUGCGGAUGGAGAAAUGGAUUCUGCUACUCACUCACCUACUUCUCUCUGCAGGGGAUGGAGGACUGUUUUCAGCUACUGUAUCCCCACUGCUUGGCAUUUGUAAAUGGGGUGGGGGUGGGGAGUGACUAGUCCUCUCCACCCCGAGGAAUUGAGGAAAAUGUCUGCCUUCACUUAAGCUUUCGUUUGAAUACUGUGAUCUGGUUAUUAUUUUGAAAUGUAUAAAAAGCAAACCCAACUACAACGGCCUUUCACCCUUCUUCCACUUUGUAACUAAUCCCAGUCUCUUCUCAUCACUUCUCCUUUUACAGUACUCGGCUAUUAACACUCAUUUUUAUCUGCUUUCCUUAUUUUAGUUUUUUGAAGAAAUUGGAAAUCAUGGUCUUUUUUUUUCUGCUGAAUAUAUUCUAUAUAUUAUAUAUAUAUAAAUUAUAUAUAUAUUAUAUAUAUAUAUGUCUGGCUACCUCGUUUUAGUUUACUUUUUUCUCUGAAGCCCUGGAAUUCUACAAGAGAGAUAUUUUGAGACUGAAACAUUUUUGUGCCUAGACUGGAAAGAUGCCCAUUGGGUUUGUACAUCUUUUUGUUUUGGCUUCUUCCCAACCUCCAUCCACCCAGUGUGUCCUACUUCUACAUUCUGGCUAUAAUUUUCUUUUUCUCCUUGUCCAUUGGGAUUUGAGGACCCAACUGUGUUCUUAAAUCUUGACUUAAUUUAUAGCACAAAUGUGUGGGAGAAAUGAGAGUUGAACUGCUUUUUUGUUUGUUUGAGAUGCAGAUUGUAUCUUGAAAAUGAUUAUUAUAUAUGCAAAUUACGCCCUACCCUCACCCUCUUCCAAGUUUCUCCACAAAAAGGUCACACAGUGAGGCUUCCUGUUGGAAGUACAGAGCAGAGUUGGCCUACAGAGACCCUGGGGGC